AUGGAAAAAAGCAGUGGUGUUGUAGAUUCGAGACGUAAGAUAAGAGCUCUUAGUGCCAUCUUAAAGGUAGCCAAGAAAAAUUUGUUGUCGAGCACGAAGUACGCGGCUCAUAUCGGCUACGAAUUCGCGGAACUGUAUAACUACGUGAUGCGUACGACAUCAGAGUACGCCAAUGAAUUUUACGAUGAACACGGCGAGUUCUUAACGGUGUACGAAGACGAGUCGGCCAUCGUCGUCAGGUCCCAGUUACAAGUAAAGCGUAUUUUGAUGCGGCCCACAUCCGUGUCCGACUAUAUAGUUAAAUCGAUUAUUUCGAUACCCUGCGGUGGAUCGUCGGGCGGCCUAAUGGUUACCGUGAGCGGUGAGCGGUUUACGCAAAAUUUCCUCUUGGAGUACCGACCAGAAAGGUUGUUGAGUUACGCCAUUGUGGUGUCCAUAACACAAUAUAUUUAUGAAGGACCAGCCACCUACCACCAGACUCCACUAACAACCUUCGAUAGUGGCGACGGCCAGGCUAUCACUGGCACCGAAGAAUCUUUAAACACGUCCGACCUUACAGAACUCGAAUAUUCGAUUUCCGAUAUCAUUAAUUUAGAAUCAGACUACGCAACCGACAACAUAAGAGAACCAGUAAUAUCUUCCGAAAUUACGCCUAUUAAGGAACCCGAUACCGCUCCCGAGAAUAUAGAACUUAAACCCGCCACUGAUAAUAAGAAAAUUAGGAAAUAUUUAAUUCAUUUUGUUCUGUUUUUAGCUGUCUGUUGGGCGGUGUAUAAAUACUUGAAAAAAAUGCGUUCCAUCUGA